GCAGUCCUCCUCCAGCAGACAAGAUGGCGGCGCUGAGGGCGAGUGUUGCGCAGCGGGCGGCGGCGGCUCUCCUGAGGCCUGGGCCGGCCCAGGCUCCCCUCGCCGCGGGAUACCACGAGAAGGUAGGGGACGGGGGCUGGCUCACUCCAGGGGGGCUUUGAGGGUCGCAGGGGAAAGGCGGGCGAGGGGGGAGGACCCAGCAGAACAGGGGUUUUCGGGGGGGGGGUCCCUCAGACGGUGGCGGACCCUCCUUCCUUCCCUGGAGGGUUUUGAGAAGCAGAGGCUAGGCGGCCACCCGUCAGGGUUCCUCAGCCGUCACUCCUGCAUCGCAGGAGGAUGGACUCGAGGACCCUUGGAGGGCCCCUUCCGCUCCGCAGCUCCGUGAUUCCAUAAGGCAGCGGCUGUCAUUCUAAAUGGGUAGCUGGAUUAUGGGGGACAUCACAAGGGGGUGUAAGGGAACGCUGCGCAGGUAUGGGGGUCAUAAGGGGUGUUGGGGGAAAACCUGGGGGGGUUGGAGAGGGGAUGUAUAAGGAUUUGGGGGACUAAGGUAGGAUUGGGGAUCUUUGUAGACCUGGGGCUGAUACAACAAGGGUGGCUGGAAACUGAGUGGAACACCAGAAAGAGGGUGAGAAGGGAAGCCUGCACAGAUUUGGGGAGGGGACAGUUUAGUGGGCUUCAAACAGAAUAGAUGCCUGGGAGGAGUUAAUUAGUAUAAAUAAUGAGGACACUUUAUUUUUAAAAAAAUAAUAAUAAAUUGAGUGGUGACCUUUAACAAAUAGCUGGUGGUCAGAGGGAGGCAUGGGGAAAGGCCUCGCAGUGGGGCAGGGUAGAUAGAGAAGUUGGUGACUUUUUUACUCUCAUCCCUUUUCCAUUUUGUAUCAUGGCUUCAAGACUGUUAGCCUGCAGGCAGGGACUGCCUUGCUCUUGUGUACAAUGCUUAGUGAAAUCCAUGUGCUCUAGGAAUGAUUAACGGUAAUCAUAAGCUGUGGGAGUUGGUGUGAUUCAUGGAGGGAAGGAGGAAGGAUGCAGAAGGAACAGGGCUAACAUAGAGAGCUGGCAUAUGAAGGGUGGUAUAUCAAAAGGAGGCACAGAAGGAGAGGCAGGAAACGGCGCACAGUGGGGGGGGUUUGCAGACAGCUGGCUUAGAACUGGUAUUAAAGGUAAAGGGACCCCUGACCAUUAGGUCCAGUCGUGACCGACUCUGGGGUUGCGGUGCUCAUCUCGCUUUAUUAGCCGAGGGAGCCGGCGUACAGCUUCUGGGUCAUGUGGCCAGCAUGACUAAGCCGCUUCUGGCGAACCAGAGCAGCACACGGAAACGCCCUUUACCUUGCCACCAGAGCGGAACCUAUUUAUCUACUUGCACUUUGACGUGCUUUCGAACUGCUAGGUUGGCAGGAGCAGGGACCGAGCAACCCAUCACGGGGAUUCGAACCGCCGACCUUCUGAUCUGCAAGCCCUAGGCUCUGUGGUUUAACCCACAGCACCACCCGCGUCCCUUUUAGAACUGGUAUUAGUAUUGGCUAGAUACUGUGUACCAGUAUAUUCCCUGCUGGGUUCGAAGGGCCAUGCUGUUUGUUUCUCCUGCCCAUAAUGUGGAGGAGCACUUUGACUACAAGGUUGUGUACACAGGGUAUUGCAGACACUCCCCCUCCCCUUGACAGAUAUUUUAUGAGACUGGGAUAAGUUUUAGUCAUUUCUUGGGGAUCUCUUUAAGUUGUGCUGGACUGAGUGGCAGAAAUCAAACAAUUGGAAGGGUCCCUGUAGGCUGCCUUGUCCAGCCACCUGUGUGAUGAUGCAGAAAAUCCAAAGAUAGACACCCCUGAUGUCUAGGGCUCAGUCAAGAAAUGUCUCCAGUAGGUGGCAGUCAGAGACUUUGCGACUCCAUUAAAUGAUACGUGAAUAGCCCUAAUCAUAGAAUUGCAGAGUUGGAAGGGUCCAGGAUGAUUAUCUCGUUCAAGGAUUCACCUUUGUCCCCUGAAGAUGCACAUCAAACCUUUGCUUUUGAAUUCCAGGUUGUUGAUCACUAUGAGAACCCACGAAAUGUUGGUUCCCUGGAUAAGAAUGCAAAGAAUGUUGGGACUGGCCUUGUGGGAGCACCAGCCUGUGGGGACGUCAUGAAGCUGCAAGUAAGUUAGUGCUGCCUUGAGGCACCAAAGGCUGUGAGACAAUAAAGCCUCUUCCAAUCUCUCACCCUCUAUUCUCUGUGAUUGUGAGCAAGAAAAGUGUCUCUUUUGUUUCAAUGCAAUGCUUAGUCACUCUCAUGAAAAUGUCCUCAGGUUGAAGUAGAUGAAAAUGGAAAGAUAACAGAUGCCAGGUUCAAGACGUUUGGCUGUGGGUCAGCAAUCGCUUCGAGUUCCUUGGCUACUGAAUGGGUGAAGGGCAAGACGGUAAGUCUGAUGCCUGUCAAUAUAUGCCUUGGCCUUGUUUUGGAAAAAAAACCUUUCAUGCUGUAUUACCAUCUCUUAGGCUGCUUGAAGAAAGUCGUUUCCAGUCCAGGGAGGGUAGAUUUUGCAUGCAUCAUCCUAAGAGUCUAAUAAUGUGGAAGUCAGUUGUGGAGGCCUGUAGCUGGAUCAGACCAAAAGUCCUUUUAGUCCAGCAUCCUGUUCUCAGUGAUCAGCCAGAUGAUUCUGUGAAGCCUGCAGACAGGAUAUGAUUGCAGCAGCACCCUUCCUACCCGUUUCAGCAGCUGAAUUUCAGAAGCAUACUGCUUCCAGCAGAGGGGUAGUAAGCUGGCAAUAGAAAAUGAAAUUAUGUCUGUGGAGCAGUUAGCAGCAGUUGCUAUGGAAAAGCUGUAGGUUACGCACCUGUUUUGUGUUCAGAAAGUAUUAGGUUCAAUCCUCAGCUUCUCCAGGUAGGACUGGGAAGAUACCUUCUCUGAAAGAACCACUGCCAGUUAUUCUAAACAAUACUGAGCUCGAUAGACCUGAAGUCUGGUAGUGCAAGGCAGUAGUCCUGUGUGCCUAAGUCCAUGGUAUGAAAUGGAAGGCUAAGUAGUAAUUUUUGUAUGUUUCAGGUUGAUGAAGCCUUGAAGAUCAAAAACACAGACAUUGCUAAAGAGCUCUGCCUUCCUCCAGUAAAAUUGCACUGCUCCAGUAAGUAACCUUUUUUGUCCUUUGUUACCAUUGAAACUCUUUGCAGACAAGUUGUUGGAAAGAAGCACCAGAAGGCCCCAAAUGCAAAUAGUCAAUCAUGAACAAGAAAGGUGGAUGUCAGUGAAGUUCUUUUACAGCGAUGCCUUCUAUGUAGUUGGUAUGUUCUUAGAGAAAGUGAAGAGCUAGAAUAUAAGGGCAUAUGCCUUUCUCUGAUUGGUGCUAAGGAGAGUUGUAAUCCAACAACAUCUGUACAGCUACAAGUUCUCCAACCUUGGGAGGCUGGAAAUUGGUUCUGGAGCUAGCAUUGUGAUAGACUGAACCAGGAAGUUCCUGUUAUAGUUCCUGCCGUUAAACUCAGUGGAAGGCUGUUGAAAAGGGAGUCAGGGUUGAGACACUGAGAAUAAUAUUGGCUUAUCUUUAUGGGGCUGUUGUAAAGAAUGCUGAGAAGGCAAGUGAACUGAUUUGUGCACAAGUGCUAUGCCCAUGCUAAGUCAUAAACUGGCGUAAGAACACCCCUCAAAACUCAGAAAUCUGGGCACAUAGGAAAUCUCUCCUUCACUUUAGAAAUGCCUAAAGGUCACCACAAGGUGAAUGUGGGGUUUACUGCCAAGGUUGUGAAUUGGCCUGCUGAGUUGCAGGAGAGAGCCAGAAGCAUGGCUCUUCUCCCAGAGUCCUUGGCACUCAGGAUUGAAAUUAUUUUGCUUAUUCAACUUCCGCUUUUAAACCAGUGUAAUAUUUCACUUGUGUUCUUCCUCCCUUAGUGCUGGCAGAAGAUGCCAUCAGGGCUGCCUUAGCAGAUUACAAGUUGAAGCAGGGGCCGAAGAGCAGUGAGCCAGGAAAAAAUGCAAGCGUGGCCUAGAAGGAGGUGCUGUGUGUCAAAAGGCCUGGAGGCCUGUCCCGCGACAACCUUGUCAUUCCAAUUGUAAUUUAGCAGGGCAAUUACAGCAAGGAGCCAACAAAUCACCUUAGUGCAUUUUGGAAGCAUGCACAAUGUCAGGCUGCAUUGGAACCACCUCAGGGCAGUCGCCUUGAUCAUCUUUGCUACCAGCUUUUCUGUUUUCCUUCCACAUGUGGGAGGAAAGAGAAGAACCUUCUUGUGAUUUCAGUGUGAGAAUUUUGCUAUAAGUAAUCGUUCCAGCUUUCAGUGUGUAGGAGGCAAUUGCCUACAUGUUUGCUAGGGCAUGGCCUGCUGUUGCAAGGAGCAGCCCCAUUUCCGCUUCGGGCAAAGCUGCCUGGUACAAGAGAACAGUCAGGGACCUGUAACUCUCCCCACAGGAAGGGAAAUUGAGCACACUCUAGAUAUCUUUGGGGACUAAAGAGGGUAGAAGCUGCUCUCCUGUUUCCACAGAUGAGGCAGCAAGAAUCUCCCUUCCCGUCGCCAGCAGCAUGUUCUUCUAGCCGGGAGGGAGGAGAUUUACCCCAACAGCAGAUUAAGGCAGAAACAACCAUGUUCCUAUCCUUAUUCCCCAGUUUGGGUUUUAAAGAAAAGGAUUGUGUGAUCAGACAGUUUAUGCACAAGUUUCAGAUUUAUUUUAUGUACAGUGUAUGCUAUAUAGAAAUAAAUAGAGAUAAUAUAUGCUGUGCUCUGGCUCAAUGAAUUGUGUGUUCCUUCCUAGCAAAUUUCAGGCUGAAUUUAGAAGAGGAAUUUGUAUAAAUGCCUUAUUUGACACAACAGUGUUCAGCCAGACCACAGAGAAGCAAGAGAGAGGUAUCAGCCUGCUUGGGGUGGCAAGGGUGGGUGGGUGUGGAGGAUGCAACACAGAGUGACAGUGGGAAGAGAGAAAACAAACUGAGGGGGAGGGAAGACUGUGGUGCCUUCCUUGGCGGGAAUGGCUGGCUGGGACCCUGUAGGGUCGCUCCUUUUGGGAGAAUACACAGGGACAUUUUGCUACCGAUUGCUUUUAUGGCCCUUCUAAAAGUAGGGCAUGUAGGCCACAGUCCUCUUGCUCCCCAGCAACUGACACUUAGGAGAUUUGCUCAUCAUCUUUGGAAAAUGCCAGCCCUGUGCUCUUUGAAACAGCCUUGAAAAGCAGUCAGCCCCAUUAGAGAACAGCAUUGCUUAGAAGGACAAGAUAGCUCAGUUUCUCAGUAAGAAAGGCAAAAAGUCCUUCACUAAUGUGAGGGGUGUAUUCAUAGCAAAAUCUGCAUUUAUCCCCCCCCCCCCGAGGAAUGGCAGGGGGGUGCUAUUGCCCAGAAGAACUCAGUUGGAGUUUUCUUACACAGUCCUUAGCUUCAGGAAUAGUGACAGGCCAGAACUACAUUUCCAGGUUCCUUGGCUGAUUUACAACCAAAGCAACCUGAAAAAUAAAAAAGGUUUAAUGAACUAGUACUUAAGGAAGACUUCCCUUUUUAGUUUCUGGGUGGUGGAUAGGAGAGGAGAGAAAAAGUCAUGUUUCAGUUGGACUGAUUCUUGAAGUGAGUUUAGUAGUGGAAGGGGUUGCCUUGGGUGGCAUAUGAUAGGGAGUGGCAAUAAGAAGUCCCUGAGGGCAGCCUGCCCUGUGCUCCCAAAGCUGUCUCACAAAGACAUCAUCAGGAUCCAGACAAGAUUCAGCUGCCAGUCCAGCUUCUGUGCAUGAAAUGGGGGUGCCAUCUUGUCCUUUGCCAAAUGUCUGACCCUGCUGCUGCUGCUGCAGGGCUCCCCUUAUAUUCUUAACCAACCGACUAUAUCCAGCCUGUCCCAGGGGAGCAUUUCAGAUUGAAUCACUUCCCCUUGUUUUACACCAGGGGUAGUCAACCUUUUCAUACCUACCGCCCACUAAUGCAUCUUUUUUGAUGGUAAAAUUUCCUUACUGCUCACCAGCACUCGAUGGAAGGAGAAUUCAGCUUGUGCCAUAGAACCCCCUACUGCCCACCUAGAAUCCUGAAACACCCACUAGUGGGCGGUAGGGACCAGGUUGACAAUCCCUGCUUUACACACUUCAGAGAGCUGCCCAGCACCAGCAGUGAGGUGGGUCCACUCACGUGUGAAUCACCGCCAUUAACAGAAGACAUGAAGAACAGCACUGCUGGACCAGGCCAGUGCGUGCCCAUCUAGUCCAGCCUCCUAUUCUCACAGGGAAGCCCGCAAGCAGGCCCUCUCCUGCAUUUUCCAGCAACUGGUAUUCAGAAGCAUUCCUCUGAUCAUGGAAGCAGAGCACAGCCAUCCGGGCUAGUAGCCAUUCCCCCCUCCCAAUGAAAUUAUCCAGUCCUCUUUUAAAGCCAGCCAAGAUUGUGGUUAUCACUGCUUCCUGCAAGAGGGAGUUCUGUAGGGAGUUGCAUAACUGAUGCAUGAAGUACCCUCUUAAAUCCCGAAUCUUCUAAUGCUCAGCUUCAGUGGAUGCUGUACAUAAAUACCCUCAACAAUUUUGCUUUGCAUCCCUCUGUGAGUGAGAAACGCUUGCCACUUUUGCAAGGGACUUGCAAGUAUUCCAGUUCAUGCUGAGCAGCAGUUGCUCUCUCAUUGGAGGUCUGUGGCACGUCAAAUAAUUUAUUAGUAGCUCAGGUUUCUAACUGAAAUGUCUCUACAGCUGCUCCAGCAUCGUGGUUUAUAACAGCAGCUGUGCACCAUAAGACAGACUUGCAGGCUGUAAAACUAUUCCUGUUGCCAAUGUGUCGCUCCUCAAAUGCAGGAAAGGGGGGUUUAUAUAUAUAUUAAAAAAAACACAUCUGAAAUGUUUAGAUUUUAAAAGCAUCUGGUUCUUGCUGGAAUGUCAAGAUGUCCCAAAAGGGGCAAAAUCUGAAGGGCAGGGCAGCUCUGCCCCCUCCCAGUGCUGAGCUAAAGAACAAGGCUGCUUUUUGUGUGCAGCACAGCUCAUGUCUAGCGAUCGGACUCCUCUCCAGGGGUGUAGCAAAUGGUGUAGUGCAGGAGCUCCCUGUGAUGUCCUCCAUAGCCACAUCCUUAUGGAGAGCCCCCAAAAGCAGGCAGCUGUUUUGAUCCAUCUACAUAUAUAGCCCUCCCGAAAACAGCAGCACAAGAUGCAAUAUUGUGUUUAAUUUGCUGGAUGCAAACCUUUGCAACAGCACUGCGUGUCUUGCUUAAUUGUGCAUUUCCCAAGUUGGGAAACAGUGCUCUUCUCUUGUCUGAAGAUUCAAGCCCUUCACCUGCCUUCUGGAGGUGGCCAGAAAAGCACCUCUCAAAAAAUGGCUGAGUACGAGAGGCUUGACUUCCUGGCAUUCUCUCCUGUUUUAUCAGAAGCCUCUCCAAAAGGCCCACUGAUAAUGCUUUCCCAUAGCCCACAGAGCGGCCAAGGCACCAGAAAAACCAGCACUAGGGCCUCUCGGCUUUUGCCUUUUUGCACAAGUAUGCUGGCUAUUUCCUCCUUUAAUCCCAGGAGAGAAAUAGAUUUCAUGACAGCUUCCCCGCCCCCUUCCAGAUGUGGCACUGAGACAUGCAGGCGCUGGGGAAGAGAGGCUGGAAAGGAGUUGGGGGAAAUCCAGCCUUCCAUUACUAUUUCAGAAACUGGAGGGAGCAAGAAGAAUUGCAGAUCUCACAAAGGGCACACAGGCAAUGACACGUGGCUGGUCUGCACAGUGGCAGAAGCGUCCAAAGCUUAACAGGGAUCUCAAAUGCAAAGAGUAAUCUCCAUUGAGUGGAUAUUGAAACAUGGCCUGUAUUUUGAACAGUCAUCUUCAUUCUGUGGGGUGUUCCAGAAAUUUGCAAUUUAAAAGGGAAGGUGGCAGAUCAUGAAUUCUGUCAUUUCGACUGAAAGCACCCACUUGUGUGUUCACCUAUGGUGAGUAGAAAUCACCUGUAGAUAACCAGGGGACAUUAAUUUAAAAAGGAUUCUACUUUUAUGCCUCUGAGUGCCACAAAUGCAUAAUAAAAGCAUGUGUGUUCAGAUGGAUUGCUAAAAAGAAAAAAGUGAAUGCAAGUACAGUGGUAGCGCGGAACCUGAACAGAAUCCAUUCUGGAAGACCGUUCGACUUCUGAAACGUUCGAGUUUCAAAGUGCAGCUUCCAAUUGACUGACAGCUAGGUUUUUGCAUAGCGGAAGCUGCGUUGGACAUUAGUUUUCCAAGGAUCGUUAGAAAACUGGAGCACUUCCUGGUUUUUGGCGUAUGGGAACCAAAACUUUCAAGAACAGCCAUUCACGUUCCGAGGUACCACUGUAGUAGUUUUUGUCUAUUUUUAAAGGAUGAAUUAAAAUAAAUCAUUACCUGGUGUCAGGUAUCUCAGGCUCAUUCUUCAUUUGGAGCACAGGGGAGAGGGCCUACACACACUUGGCUUGUUUAAAUCCUGAAGGGUGCUACUUCCCUAAUAUACAACAACCUAUUUGAUCAUGAAGUGGGGGUGCUAGAGGCCUUCGGAUUGUAUGGGGAUCAGAUUUAGGCCACCCAAACAAAGAUCACAAAUGAGAAGGAAUCUGGACCCCCACCACCCCAUGAAAACCAUCUCUGCUCGCUUACAGGAGGCCUCGCUCAAGGUCAUCUUUCAAUGGCACUGGUCAGGCUGGCAAAAAUGAAUCCCUCCCUCUCCCCCAUACCUUGAAAGGGUUGUGGAAAACAUGGUUCAUUCAUUCACGUUGAGUGAGAAUGCCCCCAUGUUAAAAACUUUUGGAGCAGCAAAUACCCCAUUAUAUCUAUAAUUACAAGCCAACCUCUUUCUCCAAAUCCUGCCUUAGCCCUAAUAUCUUUGGACACGGAGGGGCUCCAUUUUGCACGACAGAAAACCAGCAGGCUUCUUACUGGCCACAACAAGAUUAGCUCAGCAAUGCAAGAACCAGACUGAAAUACCCCUGAAGAUAUGGGAAAAUAAUAUUUGGGAUACAGCAAUGUCUGAGCAUCUUGGCAGACACAGGAGGGCCAUUAAAGGCAUAACAAAAAGAGACACCUUCCAAGAAAGGUGGACUCCUUUCUUGAACUGUGUUAAUGACCAAAAUCAAGACCUUGUUAUCCCAACCACUCAAUUUUCUCAGUGGAGAAGUAAAGUUAAGUAGUAGGUUUGAAUACUGAAUGUGUAAGCUUAUGUAUAAAGUCAAUGGGUAGAACAAACAGCAUUAAAUGUACUGCUGGAUAAGUGUUUAAUGGUUCUUUUAUUUGUUUAAAAAUCAAUAAUAAUUGCUUAAAACAUUAUAAGAAUCAUACCGGGAAAAUAAACAACAUUAGAGCAAAAGAACCUGAGAGGUGCAUUGCUUCAUAUGCCCAUUGCUCCUUCCUAUAUGAAACUGAUGGAAUGUGUCCACAAAAUUGAGCCAAAUGGUCCUGCUGAGAACUAAGGGGGACUGUAGUUUGGUUUAACGGUCAAAUCCUCUUCCCAGGGAGCUCUGGGAAUUGUAGCUCUGAGAAGAGAACUGGGGUCUCCUAACAACUCUCAGCACCCUUAACAAACUACAGUUCCCAGAAUUCUUUGGGGGAAGCCAUGACUGGCUAAAGGGGCAUCAUAUUGCUGUUUGUGUAGAGUGUGGAUAUGGCCCCUUCCGCUUCCCAACCGCAGCCCCCCAGAUGCCUCUCGGAAGGCCACAAGCUGGACAGCAAGGAAGCAGCCCUAGCUUCUUCCCAGCAGCCCAUAUCCAGUGGCAUUCAUGGCUCCCCAGUGGCUAUUCUAAGAUACACUGUGGAUGAACAUGGAGGAACUAUUAUAACAUCCCAUCUCAGUGGUGUCUCCCUGUUUAUGGCAUGCUCUCCACUAUCUGCUUUUGUGGGAGAUUAGCAGCCAACUUAACAAAGGCAUAUUCUUGCUAGUUAGCAUGAGAAGGGGCCAAGUCCACAGAGCCGCAUUGCAGUAUUGCUGAGACCAUAGAAAUACAACUGGUAGACAGGCCUUUGCAUGAUGUCAUUUCCCCUUGGAGCAUACAGUACUUGCAGUUCCUCUCUCUCUUCCUUUGACCACCAUUGGAUGCAGACAUGCCUCCACUUGCUCCGCAUCCCUGAAGCUGCUUAUACAGUAGAUAUAAGUAUGUUGCCUGCAUAGUUUUGACUGCUGCCAUCGCUGUGAACCAAUGCAUGAGUAUAAGUAAGUAAAUCUUUUUAAACUU